GAGUUGGAGAAAUGAAUUCUUCCUUGUUUCAGCAUAUUCCCCAACUCCUUCGUGGUAUUGCAACAAUUGGAUAUAAUUCUUUUGUUGUUGUUGAUAAAGUUGUACAAGCUUUUGAUUUCGAUUUUCAUGUUUUUGUCCAUGAUAAUCCUCAGGUAAGCGGAGAUCACCUUGCUUCAUCUGCGGUUGAUGACUUUUUUCAAAGAAAUAAUCAUUAUCCUGUUCUUGUCGUUGGAUCCAAUGAUUAUUUCGUUUUUGUUGUUGCUGGGAACGAUGUUUUUGACGACUUUGAUGAUUGA